CUGCCAUUUACAACGACACCACCAUGUCGUCUGUCCAGGAGGAGCUUAAUAACACACAGGACAUGCUCCAAGGUUACGUGGAGCUCUACAAUUACAGUCUCUCCUACGUGAAGACCAUGGCGAUCGGGUGCGCGAUCCAGCUAGGCAUCCCUAGCGCCAUCCACCGCCGAGGUGGGGCAGCAACAAUCUCGGACAUCAUCACCGAGACCGGCGUCGACCCGUCGAAGCUCCCGUAUCUCCGACGGCUCAUGCGCGUGCUUACCGUCUCCAGCAUCUUGGCCACCACAGGCACAGACGAGACUGAGACUGAGAGCGACGACAGUACUGUUUACAAGCUCACUCCGGCGUCCCGCCUCCUCGUAAGCGGCGCGGGGGCACCGACCUCGUGCGACAUAUCGCCGAUGCUGGACCUUCUGAUGCGCCCCACUACGUCGGUCGCCACCUACUUCAGCCUGGAAGAGUGGUUCAAGGACGCGGGCGCCACCGCCACGCUCUUCGAGGUGGCGCACGGCAUGUCCCCGUGGAGCUUGACGAAGAACGACGCGCUGUACAACAAGACCUUGAACGACGGGUGCGCGGCGGACAGCAACUUCGCCAUGGACACGCUCCUGAGAGAGCCCCGGGCCGCGGGUAUAUUCCGCGGGCUCGGCUCGCUCGUGGACGUCGGCGGCGGCCACGGCGCCGCUGCGAUGGCCAUCGCUAGGGCCUUCCCGCACAUCCGGUGCAGCGUGUUGGACCUCGAGCAGGUGGUCAGCGGGGCACCUGAUGAUGGCACGGUGAAGUUCAUCGCCGGCGACAUGUUCGAGUCUAUCCCGGCUGCAGAUUGUGUCUUGCUUAAGUAUGUUCUGCAUUGCUGGGACGACGAAAGCAGCGUCAAGAUCCUCCGGCAGUGCAAGAGAGCGAUCCCUGCAAGAGACGCCGGAGGGAAAGUGGUGAUCAUGAACAUGGUGGUCGGGUACGGUUCGUCAGAUAGGUUUGUCAAAGAGACGCAGGUGAUGUGCGACAUGUGGAUGAUGCGGUACGUUGGGGUUGAGCGGGAGGAGCAUGAAUGGAAAAGGAUUUUCCUAGAGGCUGGGUUCAGCGAUUACAGAAUCACGCCGACAGCGCUGGGUUUCCAAUCGGUCAUCGAGGUCUUCCCCUGAGGAAGAAGCAUAUAUAUAUAUAUAUAUAUAUAUAUAUAUAUGAUCACGCUGUGUAGGAUGUGUCAUGUGUGCCCUGUGCGUAAGGAAAAAUAUAUACCAUUAUUAAUAAGUUAUUAAUAAGACAGACAUGAUGAUGAGCGUAUGGGCAAAUAUACAGGAGAUGCAUAAGAAUGAGAAAGAUUUAACGUUGUACUACUGCCGUUUGGAUUUUCACGAUUACCCCUGUUUACAAGGAGUAGUUGUAUGGAUGCAAACAUUAUUUACCAGUAUGCAAUAAAGAAUGGAACAUUUUCGCUCU